CACUUCCAUCUCGCAGCAAUUGGAUGCCCCUUGUCCAGUGUCUGAUCUACUUGUUGACUUUGGUCAAGCAUGACUGACCCCUUUAUUAAUAGGGUGCAGCCUAGGACAUUGGGCGGUCGCCGACGAUGCCUUCCUGUCAUCCAUGGUGCUCCCAGGUCAUCAGGCAUGCCUUCCUCCAUGGCUAUCAUGCCUUCCCCAGAGGUUGUCAUUUGGCACAACCGUAUUUUGCAUGGAAAGGUUGAAAGCGCCACUGGGCAACAUGACGUUUUUGCCCACCAACGUAAAAUUUGAACACUUGGUUUUUUCCAAGUAUAUCAGGCGGUUUUCUUUCCUGGAUCACUUAUUUCUUUCUUUUCUUCACUUCCAACACUUACUGAUACACUUACUGAUACACUUACUUCUUAUCAUCUCUCACUUUCUCCCCAAUCUAACCGAGAAACAGUCGACAUCAUGAUUCUGCUGCGGACAUUUCUUGAAUCCAUCAGCUUCCUUUUUACUCGAAGACGAACCAUGCCAUUCCCCAAGUUGGAAGACGGGCCCAAGUUGGAACACGGGCCCAAGUUGGAACACGGACCCAAGUUGGAAGACGUGACCAAGUUGGAAGACGUGACCAAGUUGGAAGACGUGCCACGUAUUGUCGAGAAUGAGCUGUCCUGUUGGCACGCUGAUCUGGCAUCCCUCCACGACAUCUUCUAUCGGCCGGGCCACGACGACGUCAUCAGCAUCUUUGUUCUUUGCGACGAUAUUAUACAUGCGCUUAGCGUGUCCAGCCGAUGCGAGGGCAACUUCGACCACGACGCAGAGGACCUCCAAAUCGAGUUCGACUUGAUCUCAAGGACUAGGCUUGUCCAGCACCUGAGGAGCGCCAUCCAACUCCGUAAACAGGCGCACAAGUGGGGCAACACUUUGCGGGAACUCAGAAGCAAGCUUGAGGGAGGGCCACGGGUGAGGCCCAGAAUUGGACUUGGUGAUUUGGCUACGACUUGGUCCGUUUAUGUCGCGGCAUGCAACCAGUUCAACCGUCGUUUCCUGUACAACGGCAUCCUACUGUUCCUUCUGACGUUCGUGAGCUGUACACUACUGCAAACAUACUGGGCCAUCCCAGUCAUUAUUUUUGGCUAUACAGUCUCUUGCUGCCAACAUGCCUACAAGGAACACAUCGAAGCUCAGGCUCAGCGUGUUCAGGUCAUCAAACUUCUCAAGGACUCUAUGGACGAGGUACCCAGCUUGUUAGAGCGGGCACAGGCUUGCGAGAACAAGAUUACGGAUCUAGUGAGGAGGUCGCGUGUCUAUCCACCAACCAUCUCCGACUUUAUUACCAUGGCCUGCAGAAUACAUGGGGAACCCAGUAUGGACGAGAGAAAGGCUCGAGUGAAUGUUAUGGUGCCCCAGUGGAUCGAGCUGUUUGGGAACCCUGACCUGCCUCAACAUGGAGGAUUGGACCAAGAGAUGAGAAGGUUGGCGGGUGAUAUUGCCGACAUGUUGAUGUGGACUUUUGGGGAUGCUGGCAGAUAUUCUGUGGAUAGGGAGACUUGAGAGGAGACGAAGAGGGAGCGUCAAAUUUUGGGGUUCUAUGGGCCGGUAAGAGGGAUGAAGCAUGUGAGGUUUGCAUUUGGGAAGGCUCUGAUCAGAGUCAUACGUCUUGCUCCGGUGUAUGUCCGUGGCAAUGAAGCGAUUAUACCAUACGAUCAAAGCUGCAUGCUUUGGCAGUUUACUGGUAAUAAUAGAGAGCGUUGGUUUGGCCAAUCUGCUUCGCAGUGUGGUG